AUGCAGUCGCUUCUACACAAGGUCUUCGGGCCGGAAGAGGUUCGUAUCGACAACCUGACGGGCCGCGUGGCCCUCGUCACCGGCGGGACGCUUGGCAUCGGAUACCAAGUCAGCCGGGCCCUGGCCCACGCAGGAUGCAAAGUCGUCAUGGUGAGCCGGAAGCAGGACCAGGGCGAAUCCGCCGUUGCGGAAAUCAGGAGAGAAACGCCCGGGGCCGAUGUCGAGUGGGAGGAAUGCGACCUGGGCAAUCUCGGCCAGAUCAGGUCCGUCUUCUCGGGCCUGCGCCGCUCGCUGGCUCGGCUGGACUUUCUGGUUCUCUCGGCCGGCAUCAACGCCAACCGGUACGCGCUGGACAGCGACGGCAUCGAGCGCAUCUUUGGGGUCAACUGCCUCGGACACUACUACGUCGCCAACCAGCUCUGGCCGAGGCUACGAAAGACGAGCCUGCUGCCAGGCGUCACGGGGCCCAGGGUGGUUGCCGUGUCCAGCUCGCUGCACCAAGCCGCGCCGUCUCGAGCCAAGUUUGCGUCGUUGGAGGACAUCAACGACCCGAGCCUCGGCCCCACGGAGCUCUACGGCAGAUCAAAGCUGGGCCUCAUUCUCAUGGUCAGGUACGGACUGUUUGAGCGGGUCAUCAAGCCCACCAGCGACUCGAUUUACGCACUGGCCGUUCAUCCAGGAGCGGUGAAUACUGCUAUGCAGGACCAGUGGAAGGAUGCCUAUCCUGGAAUCACCGGACGUCUCAUCUCGUAUGUCAGCAAGCUUGCGGGACGUGACCCAGAGCAAGGGUCCUACAGCAUACUCUGGGCACUCACCGCGAAGGAGAUUGACGAAAAUCACCAGAACGGCCUUUACUUUGAUGACCCGGGGAAGCUAGGAAGCGAGAGCAGCCAAGCGUGUGAUGAGAAGCUGGGAGCAGAUCUUUGGCAGCUCAACGAGAAACUUGUCAAAGAGAAGCUUGGGGACGAUGCCCUCAUUCCCUGGGACACCAGAAGUCUUGACUCCUGA